AUGCCUUGGAGGCAUCGAUCACAGUGCCCAUUGCUGGUAUAUGGGCUGCUUGGAUGUGCUUUGCUGACGACAAAAGUGUAUGGCGGCUCUGGUGACCCUCCCGGUUCUCGUAGAGCACUCUCGGAAGAACUUUUCUUGUCGUAUGAGCCUUUGACUACGGUGACGGAUGAUGCCGCCAUUGAUUUGGAUCAACAUGCCCUCGAUGUUCAAAUGUCUCUGGGAACGGACCAAAGCCGUGAAGCGGCCUACAAAAUCUACACGCAAGGAGCUUUCUCCAAGUCGUAUGCUCUGCUUUCGUUGCAGUCACCAUUACCUAUUUCUCUCGCAAAAGGAACUACGUUGUUGGGCCAUACGACAAAUGGAAAAGAAGUCCUGGGACAACUUUUGGAAGAAACACCCCCAGGCAGCACUACUUUGAAAUUCCGUUAUCAUCCCUCUCCCAUACAAGACACCUGGACCAAUUGUCAUGUGGGAGGAAAUCCCACACCAAACACAGAAGGAUGCCUGGUUGGGUUGGGGCAGAUUGAAAUUGACGAAUUGGGAUCCUUUGAUUACGAGUACGAGAUAUUAGAAGAUAACUACAAUGCAAGGACAAUCCAAAGUUUCAGUACCAAAGCAAAGGAGAAAAUGUAUGACUGCAACGAAGGUUGUCCCUAUUCGGUCUACAAGAAAUUCUACAACUACUACGGUGUCCAUGAUUACGCUGAUCAGUGGGUACAAGCAGCGUUUCAAAGAACCUCCACAAACUUUACUCGUGGAAAUGCCCAGUUUGGUGGUACCUACAAGACGGAUCUAGGAUAUCGACAGGCCAUCACACUGGGUACGGUGUAUCUCAAUACUUGGAUGUACAUUAUUCGAGAAAUGGACCACUCCUCGGCCAUGUGCUCCGCCAAAGGACCCUGCAACAAUCAUCUCGACAUAUUCAGUGGAACAGAAGACGAAUAUCACGGGCCUCCCCUUGUGGCAGGCCAAGAAUGUAACAAUGACGACAUGAUGCACGCGUGGGACAAAGCGGUCGCUUUCUACGUUGGAUCCAAAGCUAAAACGGCUGGUCAGGGAGGUCACCUUCUCUUCUCUAUGGCACAAGAACGAUGCCUCAAUUUUGGAACCUGCGGCCCGUCGCAGCAUUAUGGGCUCAUGGCCAGGGUCAACUUUGAAAUGAUGCAAAGCUUUCGACAAGGACAGGAAGCGCUAAAGAUGAGAGCGUGCUCGUCGCUAAAGAGACACGUCAGGCUCCUUACGGCGUACAUGACGGUCCCACUGGUGCAAGGGGUCAUUUUGUAUGCUCGAGAGAAUGAGUUGUUACUGGCAAAAUCGAACCGUGAAAAGCAGGAACAAUCUCAAGCAACAGGAGCAACAUAUGCUGCUGCCCUGCUUCCGCUCUUGCACGCCUGCAAUAAGGAAGAUGCCAACAUUGUCUACGAGUCAAUGCGUGUUGGUAGAGGUGUCACUCCACACUUUUCCAAGGUCAAGGCAGCGUUGGAACGAAACUACUAUUGCCUGGGUAUCACGUGUGAAUUGGUGGGAGGAAUUGUCGAUCCCGCGGGCGUGAACGGAAAAUACUUGUUAGGGGCAGAGCCCUGCAAGGAUCCGUCUCAUCAUUCACCAUUAGACUUGUUCUUCAGAGACAAUCAAAGCGGCAACACAGGUCCAAACAUUGCGUUGGUCAUAUGUUUUUCUGUGGUUCUGGUGGUUCUGAUGAUACUCUUUUCCGUGUUUAUUGGACGGAGUCAUGCUUGUGCCACCGAUAAAGAAUUUGAUGGACCAGCCUCAUCUGCGACAAAGUUUCAAGAUGGAAACGGAGAACUCAUGGAAGAGGAAAGUCCAGUAUCGUUGGAGAUGGCAUGA